GUAUAAUUAUAAAUUCGCUCGCGGACAGUAGUGAUAUAAGAUUUAAGAAAAUGGAAUAUUUAUUUACAAUUUUGGCUCUUUGCGUUGCACUAGCAGCCGCCGAAUCUCCGGCCACCAGCAAGCAAUACCGCUCAGACUACACCUACGACAGAAACACCGACUCCUUCUACAAGAUGCAUACAGAGCAAGCGUCGACCGACCGCGCGCACACCACGUGCCGAGCCGAAGGCGCCCGACUUAUGUCCCCCGAAUCCGAACAAGACCUAGCACUGAUACAUGGCAUGCUUAAAAAGUUCCCGGACAUCGGUAGGCUGGUGCUUGUAGAUGGGAAUGGGGUCGGUCACGAUGAGGCUGAUGAGGACGAGGAACCCAUUAUUAAAAUGGAAGAGGAAGCCGACUACGGACCACGACGCCGGUGCGAAGUAGUGAACAGAGAAGGACAGAUUGAGAGUUCCCUGUGCUACUUCGAGCUGCCAUUUAUAUGCAAAGUGAACGCCAAGGACGCGCCUUACAACGAGGAAUGCGGGACUUAUUCUAAUGAUUACGUCUCAAAAAUCUCCCUCACUGGCAGCUGCUACCGGAUAGCCACUAUAAAAGCUAACUGGAACGAAGCAUACGCCAACUGCCAAGCCGAGGGGGGCCACCUGGCCAUCCUGAACAACGAGGGAGAGUACGAAAUCGUCAAGGGCCUGCUGGACAAAACGCCCAGGAGUGUUGAAGACUGGCAGUUCUUUGUCGGUGUACGCGCAGAGGAGAAGAAGUCUCCGAUCAUAUUUAGAACCAUUUUCAAUCAAACUCUAGAGCAGGUCGGGUACGCACCCUGGGACAACAAUGAACCGAACAAUUCCUUCGGCAUCGAGUACUGCGUGUCGCUCCUCAGGACCACGGGCAAAUACAACGACACCGUGUGCCGCAACCGCUACUCGUACGUCUGUGAGAAGGAGCGCAGUGUUUGAAUAUAUUGCAUUAUUCCAACUAAUCAUAAUCAUACAAUAUUG